AUGGUCUUCCUACAACAGCCCAAUAUGAGUACCGCCUCGGUCUUCUAUGACAGCGACACCAACAGUGACGACCGCCCCUCGUCACCUCAAACUGGCUUUGGUGGCAAGAUUCAGGCCAGUUUCCAAACUGCUCGCCCUCCCCCUAAAUCUUCAUUACGACUGGCCCCCAAACUACUCCUCCAAAUCCAACAACUCGCCCCAAAUCACCGCCCACAGCCAGUUCUCGGAGUCUGGCAACCUCCAUUUCUCAAGUCGAAAUUAACCCGUGACUUUGUCCACCGGCCAAAAUUGCGCACCGGUGAUGUCUAUGCAACCCUCGACGAACCCUUCAUCAUCAACUCCCACCUCCGCAAACAGUCCACCAAAUCCGACACCCCAGAGCACACCCCCACGCGAGAUAUCACCGCGGCCAUGUGCCAAUCAACAGAUUCCGAGGCCCCUUCUUCGAUCUACUUCCGCGAUGCUCAGUGCAGCUGGUCUGCCCGCGCCAGCAUGGCAGGGCCAAACCACGAUAUCCCCAGUUACCGAUUUACCCUCCAAGACGAGAAGUCUGCCGAAUCAGAUUCACAAAUCGGUCGAAUUAUCCUGCAAUGGGAGAAGCGAGAGCUCCCCAAGGAUCAGAAUCAAAACCAAAACCAAAACCAAAGUCAAAUCCUGUCUCAAAAUACCGACCAAUUCGUCCUCAUGCUCAUCGAUCGCCAGGCGCGACGCAAGAGUCGCAUUGCCACAAUGACCCCUGGCGGGCUAGAGGUGUUUGUGCGCAAGAGCUCUAUCCUGGAAUCACUCCGAGUAUGCUUCAAUCUCACAAGUCCGUCCGCGACGGUCAUCAGUGGGCGUGAUCCGCAUGAGGUUUUGGAGUCGUGGCUGUAUACUCACGUGCUCACUUUGGGUGUAUGGGUUGCGUCUCAAGAGGGAUGGCUUGGUUAG